UAAUAAGAGUAUUUCUAACUAGUGUAGAAAUUUUUCUAAAGUUCUCCCCCACUAGCAUUGACAUAGUUGCUCUAGAUUCCUCUCUUCUCCUCCUUCGAAGACCUAAAAGACUAAAAAGAAGAAAAAAUGAUGUAGUGAUCAUCAUAGAUCGAGAAAACAAUAAGAGCCGAUCCAAAUCCAUGGCUAGUCCUAGCAACAAAGGCAAAGACAUCGCCGAAGAGUCACCGUCUCAAUCUCAGCCGCAACAACCACAAUCACCUCCUAACCCGCCAGCGUUAAGCCGGUACGAGUCACAGAAAAAGAGAGACUGGAACACCUUUUGUCAAUACCUUCGUAACCAGCAGCCACCGGUUCACGUCUCACAGUGUGGCUCAAAUCACAUCCUAGACUUCCUCCAAUAUCUUGACCAGUUUGGAAAGACAAAGGUUCAUGCACAUGGAUGCGUGUUCUUCGGACAAGUUGAGCCCUCGGGACAGUGUAACUGUCCUUUAAAGCAAGCGUGGGGGAGUUUAGAUGCUUUGAUCGGACGGCUGCGAGCAGCCUAUGAGGAGAACGGAGGGUUGCCGGAGAGAAACCCGUUUGCCGGCGGUGGAAUUAGGGUUUUUCUUAAAGAAGUGAGAGAUUCACAGGCGAAGGCAAGAGGAGUCCCUUACAAGAAAAGGAAGAAGAAGAAGAAGAGGAAUCCUAUGAGGAGUGACCAUGAUGUUGAAGAUGGUACUGCAGGGACUAGUAGCUCCAACUUGCCAUCUUAGCAAGCAAACAAAAAACAUAUAAUAAAAAAAUAUGGAAUUAAUUAAUGUUACAUCUGACUCCAACAAGAGGUUCGUGUAUGAUGUUGGAGCUUAUGAUAGUGAUGAUGAUAAAGCUGACCAAAAC